UGCCGGGGGCGGAAAGCGGUGGAUAAAUUAGUCCGGUCUCAGGAAGCAGUUUCUGCAGCCUAACGGAACUAAGGAUUUCUAACAGAAAGGUUUCUGUCCGGAGCUUGGUAUCUGCUUCCGUUACAGAGCGGAAGUGUGGUUCGCCAGAGGACGACCCUUGGACGAAUUUACUCUCUGCUGUACGCUCGGCAGGAAUCAUGUCGAGCUUGGCGGUCAGAGACCCGGCCAUGGAUCGAUCACUGCGUUCGGUGUUCGUGGGGAACAUUCCGUAUGAGGCGACGGAGGAGCAGUUAAAGGACAUUUUCUCCGAGGUUGGUUCUGUUGUCAGUUUCCGUCUCGUCUACGAUAGAGAGACAGGAAAGCCCAAGGGUUAUGGCUUCUGCGAGUACCAAGACCAGGAGACUGCGCUUAGUGCCAUGCGGAACCUCAAUGGGCGAGAGUUCAGUGGGAGAGCGCUUCGGGUGGACAAUGCUGCCAGUGAAAAGAACAAGGAGGAGUUAAAGAGCUUAGGCCCGGCAGCCCCCAUCAUUGACUCGCCCUAUGGGGACCCUAUUGAUCCAGAAGAUGCUCCAGAAUCGAUUACUAGAGCGGUCGCCAGCCUGCCCCCAGAGCAGAUGUUUGAGCUGAUGAAGCAGAUGAAGUUGUGUGUCCAGAACAGUCACCAGGAAGCUCGAAACAUGCUCCUUCAGAACCCACAGUUGGCCUAUGCGCUGCUGCAGGCACAAGUGGUGAUGAGAAUCAUGGAUCCAGAGAUUGCACUGAAAAUCUUGCAUCGUAAGAUACAUGUCACACCGCUGAUCCCAGGCAAAUCUCAGCCUGUCUCUGGCCCUGGCCCUGGUGGGCCUGGCCCUAGCGGGCCUGGCGGCCCUGGCCCGGGCCCUGCCCCUGGCCUCUGCCAGGGACCUAACGUUAUGUUGAACCAACAGAAUCCUCCUGCCCCACAGCCUCAGCAUUUGCCAAGAAGACCAGUGAAGGACAUUCCGCCUCUGAUGCAGACCUCUAUUCAGGGAGGAAUUCCAGCUCCGGGGCCAAUACCAGCUGCAGUUCCUGGACCUGGACCUGGUUCCUUAACUCCGGGAGGAGCAAUGCAGCCACAAGUUGGCAUGCCAGUGGUUGGUCCAGUGCCCCUAGAGCGAGGACAGAUGCAGAUGUCAGAUCCUAGACCGCCAAUACCUCGUGGACCCAUGCCUUCCGGUGGCAUACCUCCUCGAGGACUACUGGGAGAUGCUCCAAAUGACCCACGUGGAGGGACUUUGCUCUCAGUGACUGGAGACGUAGAGCCCAGAGGUUAUUUGGGACCACCCCACCAGGGUCCCCCAAUGCAUCAUGGUCAUGACAACCGUGGCCCUGCCUCGCAUGAUAUGAGAGGAGGACCAUUAGCAGCAGAUCCCAGAAUGCUAAUUGGAGAGCCCAGAGGUCCCAUGAUAGAUCAAAGAGGUCUUCCUAUGGAUGGUAGAGGAGGCAGAGAAUCUCGAGGGAUGGAGACUCGGCCCAUGGAAACUGAGGUCUUGGAGCCACGCGGAAUGGAAAGAAGGAUGGAGACCUGUGCAAUGGAAACCAGAGGGAUGGAAGCAAGAGGCAUGGAUGCAAGAGGACUAGAGAUGAGGGGCCCUGGCCCUAGUUCCAGAGGUCCGAUGACUGGUGGAAUCCAGGGUCCUGGCCCUAUUAAUAUGGGGGCAGGUGGCCCUCAGGGACCUAGACAGGUUCCAAACAUUGCAGGAGUGGGAAAUCCUGGAGGUGCCAUGCAGGGGGCAGGUAUACAAGGAGCAGGAAUGCAGGGAGCAGGUAUGCAAGGAGGGAUGCAGGGAGCAGGCAUGCAAGGAGGAGGGAUGCAGGGAGCAGGCAUGCAAGGUGGGAUGCAGGCAGCAGGCAUGCAAGGAGGGAUGCAGGCAGCAGGGAUGCAGGGAGGGAUGCAGGGAGCCAGUAAGCAAGGUGGAGGCCAGCCUAGCAGUUUUAGCCCUGGGCAAAGCCAGGUAACUCCACAAGAUCAAGAAAAAGCAGCGUUGAUCAUGCAGGUUCUUCAGCUGACUGCAGAUCAGAUUGCCAUGCUGCCUCCUGAGCAAAGGCAGAGUAUUUUGAUUUUAAAGGAACAAAUCCAGAAAUCCACUGGUGCUUCUUGAAUGGUUUUCAACUGAGAAGUACUUGUUAUUCCUUCAGAGUUCAUUCUGUGGCAUGACGUGGUGCAAAAAGCUGUCCUCUGUGCUCGCACACUUUAACCAUUUAAGGUUUCCUUCUCUCUGGACCUUAAUCUUAUUUCUAGCCGUGUCACUUUCUGCUUUCCUUUAUGUUUCUUGAUGGAGGGUGGGGGUGGAGGGAUGGGCCUGUUCACUCUGUAGCUGUUACCCUACUAGCUACCCUGAAAACAUUCUACAUCAUUCUAAAUAAGGCUAUGAGGAAGAUGCAGCAGUAAUAAUGUCUGCACUUUGUUAACUGCGGUUUAAGAAUACUGAGUAAACUAUGAGCUACGUAAAAAUUGAUAGUGGCUUGUUACAGUAUUGAUAUACUAAGAUAGUUUAAAGGUUUUUGGUUGUAUAUUGAACUAAAUGUCAGAAUGUUAAGAUAUGCUUUUUGGUAAACCAAAAUACUGUAUUUUGGAGGCAGUAGAGUACUGUACUAAAGUUAACUCUUAGUUAUUUUGAAAUUAUUUUGAGAUACUGGAACUAGAAGUCUGCUGUAGGUGUGGGGUUUUUGUUUUGUUUUGUUUAAGCAUUGUUAAUCUGUGAAAAGAUAAUUUUCAUUUAUCUGACUUUUUUUGAGACAAUUAAUAUUCUUGCCAGGUCCCAACUGGUGAUUUUGUAGGACAGUUGUAGCAUCAGCUGAAUGACAUAAAGCCUUCUCUGGGGAGACUAAAGUGAUCUAAUACAUUUCUCUAAAAAAGCCCCAAGCCUGGUUGUAAGUAGUUUUUUCACAUCAUCUUAAAAGAAGCAGUUAGGCAUGGAGAUGGACUUUCUUGAGUCAUGGAGUUUUUUGUUUUUUUGUUUUUGUUUUUUGUUUUUUUUUUUUUCAGUAAGGCUUCCAGGUUUUUGAUAAACCACUAUCCAUACACAGAUGGAAUCCAUUUGGUCAGUAAGAAUCAGAAGUUAAAAAAUCUUAGUCUUUGCAUUUUGACGGGUCUUAGAGUUGGAUAACUUUCACGGAGUACUUUCCUGUUACUACCUUACUAGAACUGAGGCCCAAGAGGACUGAGAGCUCUGCUCAGUUAACUUAAUACUUUAUUUCUUACAACUCUUAACAGCCAUUUGGUCAUAAUAUUCGUUCCUAUGAGAUGUGUUUUAAAAUAAGAGAUUUGGAAUUUAAUACAUUUCCUUUAGAGCUACCCUGCUAUUUUUUUUUGACCUUAAGUGUGGCAUGUAGACACCGUGUCAUAGCUAGUUAAUGAGCAGAAAUAAGCACAAGCUCCCACUUGACCAAGUGACAUUCUUCUGUAGGAAAGUAAAUCCCCAGCUAGAGGGAAGCGUAGCCUUAGGGAAAGAGCUGACCCCAGGCCUUAUUUUCCCCUUGCAAAGUUCCAGCAUUUAAGUGUACAAAGUUUUCAUUCCUAGGCUAUUUUUCACCGAUUAGUUCUUUGUGCUCGUGUUAAACUUCCUGUGGUUUCCUCUGCCUCUCCUCUGCUGAAGUGGGUUUGUGUUUUGUACCUUCGUGCUAGUUCUGGCUAAUUCCAAUUGCUUGCUCCUUUCGAAAUUGCGGUUGCUAGCCCCAAACUUCUUACAGUCUUUGUUAUAAGAAAACCUCUGCAUUGUUUAAUGAAAAUUAAAUAAAAAGGUUGUAUAAUUAA